CAAAGCUUCGUUCUUGGCGGCUGUUCUCUUUUGGGUGCCCGAGAUAUUUGCGUCUCUCAAUUCUCUUCUGCGCCAUUUGUGGUUUCAGAAGCAUGGGCAGCGCGAACAAAACGCGGGGGCCAAAUUGCUGGGCUGCUCAGGUCGGAAGUUUCAGUCUUCGACUUAUUUGGCACUUUAUACAUUUUAUUAUCAGCACAUGUUUCUUUGUGCUGGGAUUAGCUGGUGCAGUUGAUAGUUAUCUUAUCUCAAGUGGACUGUUGAAGAAAUAUAAUGACCUUAAUCUGGGGAAGCUCCGGUAUCUGGCCAUUGUGGUGGAUAGUGAUGAAGCUCGGAAAACUUCACAAGUUAUUAAACUUCUGCAGUGGCUGUCUGAUAUUGGUGUGAAACACGUGUGCCUAUAUGAUGAAGAAGGGGUCCUGAAGAAAUCUAAGGAUGCUAUCUUGGAGAAGUUGAGCCAUAUCAGAUUAUUUGAGGAAACUGAUGAGAUAUCACCCCUUGACAAAAAAAACAUGAACCUUGAACUUGCUUCACCAUCUGAUGGGAAGGAAGCCGUGGCAAAAGCUGCCAAUUUGCUUUUUACAAAGCAUUUGGAACUGAAAAAUACCACAGAGGAUCAGGGGGAGAAUAUCUUUACAGAAGCUAAUAUGACUGAGGCACUCAGAACUAUUGGUUGUAGUGGGCCAGAACCUGACCUCCUAUUAGUUUAUGGACCGGCAAGAUGUCACUUAGGUUUCCCCCCAUGGAGGCUCCGAUAUACAGAGAUUGUAAAAUGACGAUAUAACAAUUUGGGCUGGCCAAAGGGAAGAUCGGGUGCGGAACACCCUUUCCUUUUCUCCCGCCUCGUAAAGAAAACUAUUUACUAUCUAUACUCGUUGUUGCCUCAGGGAUCAAGCCAAGCUCUACCAUUUUCAUAUAUUAUAAGUGUGGUGGGGCCUGAUCUGCCUCAGGGAUCAAGCCAAGCCUACCCAUUUGGGUUGAGGUACUGCUAAAGGGAGUGAGUUGAGAAUGGAACAGGCUUAUAGAAGUAGUUGAAAAGAGCUAGGUUAGACUUUGAUUCCAGAAUAGUUGUAAUGUUAGUGGAAUUACAGGAUAUGUUGGUACUUAUACCUCAGGGAAGAUAACUGGGAGAAAAGGCUCAAUUUCCUCGGAGAUCCACCAGAUUAAUCAAUUACUUUUGGCCCGUCCCUCACGCCAUUAGCAGUUUAGCAACUGCUGAAUAAAAAAACCCUGGGGAGGAAUCCCCUGCUGCUGUGGCUGUCCCUGCAUGACAUCCUUAGCUGCAUUUUGUAGUCAAUCAAUCACUGGCUAAUGAAAUGCAGCCUGACAUUGUUUCUUGUGUUAAGGCUGAAUCUACUACGCAACAAAAAGUUAUUUCAUUUGCCAGUGAAGCAACAGUAUUUGUAUCUUCUCUCGGAACUUAAAAUAGAAUUAUUAGAGGCCCAUAGCUUCUGAAGUAACAAAAUAUCCUUCUGCUGGACCUUUGACUGUGUCAUCAGUGUUCUUUUCCUUUGAUUUUCUUUCUAGGGUUGUCCCUCUUUUUCCAAUAAGGGUUUAACUCAUUGACUGCUGAUGAAGUUGAUACAACACUGUUUCUAAUCUUAAUUAUCAGAAUGUGCUGAUCUUCUGUUACUAAAGGGGGCCUCAUGACCCAACGUAAGUUCUGUAACCUGAAUUUAAUGCCUGUGACGAGCGACAAUUAGACUUAACCUCAAAAUCUAUGUCCUUCAGUUGUGUGAGUUUUUUUUUUGGUUUUUAUUUAUUUCUUGUAACUUUUGACAGUGCUUAUGGUGCCUUGGACGCGAAAUAAUUCUCAAGAGUUGACUGAUAUUUCUAGUUUUGAAAUCUUUUGGAAUUGGAUGCUCUAUAUCUGCAGUAUAUAUGGUCAUAUUGAUGGGAAUAAUUGUUAGGACGGUCUUCAUUACAUGGUUUUCUUUUUGCCACAUAAAGUUUGGUAUACAACCCGUUUUUUUUUCUUUUCACGGGAUACAUGGGACAUAUCGAAUGCUCUUCCUUUGAUUUAUUGGUCUGGUACUGUGAAGUGGUCCUUUUGCUUGCUCUUUUUUUCCCCACUAAACUGUAUAGUUUUCUCUUAUUGCAGACACAUGGGAUCCUUGAAAUCCAUGAAACAUGGUUUGCUAAUGAAGGCUAUUUACAAAUUCACAUUGGUUCGCCAAAAUUAUGG